UCUGUCGCCCGACUGGUGGACUUCCUUCGGCACCCGAAGGGGAGGAGCCAAGGGAAGUACCCGGAUGAAGGCAAGAUGGUGGCGCUGGCGGCGGCCGGGCUGCGAUCGCUGAAGAGGCUCUGCCGCGUCGCCCUCUUCCUCUCGCAGCUCUACGUCCUCUCCGGGCGGGGGUCACUGAGCUUAGAACACUCGCUUCCCCAAACUCUGCUGGCAAAUGUUGCAAUAGUACCUACAAGCACACAAAUUCCAGCGUCUAAAGUACCAGAUUUUAAUUCUUCAGAGGCUACAGCGAUCCCCUCGUAUGUGACCCAGUGCCCUAGUAAUGGACUGUGCGGUCGACUGCCUCCAGAAUGUGUGUCUUGUAAAAAAAACUAUUCCUGCAUCUACGGGAAAACAACUGCCAUUGAAUGUGAAACCAAAUCCCAGGUCCAUUGUGUUGAUGAGAAAAACAAUCGCCCAGAAACCUUCAUGAUCAACAUGACUUGCCAGUUUUGUUGGCAGCUCCCUACAUCAGAUUACAUCUGUUCCAAUCCUACAAACUGUAAGACAGUCUCUUGUCCACGAGAACGAUACAGCGCCAAUUGCACAGUGCGGGACCAUGUUCACUGUCUAGGUAAUCGUACUUUUCCCAAGAUGCUUUAUUGCAACUGGACAGGUGGCUAUAAAUGGUCGACAGCUUUAGCUUUAAGCAUCACACUUGGUGGUUUUGGAGCAGAUCGAUUCUACUUGGGCCAGUGGAGAGAGGGUCUGGGCAAACUUUUCAGCUUUGGUGGCCUGGGAAUCUGGACUCUCAUAGAUGUGCUACUUAUAGGAGUUGGCUAUGUAGGGCCUGCGGACGGCUCACUUUACAUCUAACCAUCAAUUCAAGAAACAUCGGAGGUGGAUUGCCCUUGGGAAUACACAGGCCUGACUUCAAAAGUACAUCUCAAAGCACUUGUUUCAUAUUUUCACAUAUAUUUAAUGUACAGUAUCUGUACUUAGCCUGCCUUUAACAAGGUAAAAUAAACGAAUGGAUCAUUGAAUGAUA